UUACAUUUUAAACUUAAUAAACUAAGCUUUAAAGGAUUUACCAGUAACUUCACAAACAUAAACAAAAAAGAAAACUCAAAAUGUUAACAACCUUGAAAGAUACAAAUGAACAUAAUUUUUCUGGGGGCUUAUUGGUCGACGAUAUCGCAGCGUUAACAAAACAAAAACAAUAACAAAAAAGGAACAGAGGAUAAGUUCGCAUCAAAACCAG